UAAAUUCUGAAGAUAAAUCCCCACGAUCGAGCAAGUGGGUUCGUUGGUCCAUAACUUGCAUUAAAAAAAAACCAACAAAAUUUCUUCUACCAAAAAUGACUCUCAACAGUCUGAAGUCCUCUGCACUCAUUUCAUGGAAAUCGAUAGGCAAAGUUCAGAAAACACUGGCCAAUUGUAUAGAAAAACAAGGCAUUGGUUUACACUCAGGAAGAUCAAUCAAAGUACAGUUAUGGCCUGAAUUCGCCAAAAAAGGCAGGUACUUUAAAAUUGGUUCAAAUAAAAUUGAAUCAUCCAUUAAUUUUGUCCAAGAAUCACCUCUUUGUACCACACUUUGUAAAGAUGGUGUUAUGGUUAAUACUGUUGAGCAUUUGCUUUCUGCUUUGGAGGGUACUGGUGUUGAUAAUUGCUGUAUUGAGAUCACUGCUUCGGAUACGAAUGACCCAUUUGUUGAGGUACCCAUCUUGGAUGGUUCUGCAAGGGAGUGGGUGGAGGAAAUAGAACAAGCUGGCAUAGUCGAUGCUGCUGAUGAAAAUGGCAAUAGUUGUGAAAAGUUGGCACCAUUUGUCAAUGUGCCUUUUCAUAUAAAGAGAAAUGACUCCUUUAUUGCAGUUUUUCCAUCUCAAGAGGUUCAUAUUACUUAUGGCAUCAACUUUCCGCAGGUACCUUCCAUUGGCUGCCAGUGGUUCUUUUCCGGUGUUUUCAACAGGUCUUUCUAUGCUACAGAAAUAGCUUCUGCCAGAACCUUUUGUGUAUAUGAAGAGGUGGAGCUGAUGCGUGAGAGGGGACUCAUAAAAGGCGGUUCACUAGAGAAUGCUAUCGUUUGUAGUGCCUCAAAAGGCUGGUUAAAUCCUCCUCUAUGUUACCAUGAUGAGCCCUGUCGCCAUAAAGUCUUGGAUCUUAUUGGCGAUCUCUCUAUAUUUGCAAAAUUUGGUAAUCAAGGGCUUCCCAUAGCACAUAUUGUUGCUUAUAAGGGUGGUCAUGCUUUGCAUGCAGAUCUUGUACGCCAUUUAAGCUAACCACCAUUGAAGAGGUCAAGAGGAUAUGUGUCUAAACGCUUGUGCAAAACGAUCUAUUGAUGGAAU